CCUGCCAAGAUGGCUGAUGUUUUGAGUAUUUUGAGACAAUACAAUAUCAACAAAAAGGAGAUAAUUGAAACGGAUGGACAAAUUAUAUUUGGAGAGUUUGCAUGGCCAAAAGAUGUCCGGACAAAUUACCUUGUUUGGGGUACUGGGAAAGAUGGGUUGUCCAAGGAAUACUACACACUGGAUUGCAUCCUGUUCCUGCUGAAGAAUGUCCAGCUUGCUCAUCCCCUCUAUGUCAGAGAAGCUGCUGCAAGCAGCGUACAGGUUGUGCGUCGUGCAGACAGAAAGGAUCUGUUGGCCUUCCUGAAUGGAGAAACAACCACCUCAGCCAGCAUCGACAAGAGUGCACCCCUUGAAAUCUCCCUACAAAGACCUACGCAAGUGAAAAGAACCACAGAAGAAACCAGCAAUGAACAGGAUAAAAAGAAACCAAGACUUGAGGAAGAGCAAGUACAAGAAGCCAAAAGAAACUGGAUGAACAAAAUCGACGCCCCACGAGAAACAUCAGUGCUACCUGCUGCAUUAGCUUCCUCCUCCCUCCAUGAAGCCAUGCCACUGGAAAAGAUUGCCGCUAUCAAGGCCAAACGUCUCAAAAUCAAACGAACAAAGAUCAAAGGUGAUGAUGACAUACAGCCAGGUGCUCCUGACCAGCGUAGUUUUGUGGAUGCCGAGGUGGACGUCACGCGGGAUAUUGUGAGUCGAGAACGCUUGUGGAGAACAAGAACUACCAUCCUGCAGAGUAACGGGAAGCAAUUUUCCAAGAAUAUCUUCAGCCUGUUACAGUCGAUCAAGGCCCGGGAGGAGGGCAGCUCCCGGGGAUCACAUGGCGUACCUCACACACCUUCCGUGCCACAGCCUAAACCUCAGCCCACUGGAUACAACAGAUAUGAACAGGAAAGCUUUAAACGGAAGGAAGCGACGGAGGGUUUCAACAUUGAAACUAUGGGCACAUACCACGGUAUGACUCUUAAGUCAGUGACGGAAGGGGCCACUGCCCCAAGGAAGCCCGCAGUCCCAUCUCAACCAACCCAGCCCACACCCGCCAGUCGCCCAAUAUCCCAGGCCAGGCCUCCACCCAGCCAGAAAAAAGGUUCACGGACGCCUAUCAUCAUCAUCCCAGCAGCCACCACCGCUCUCAUUACCAUGUUUAAUUCUAAAGAUGUUCUCCAAGAUCUCAAGUUUGUAAGUACAGAUGAAAAGAAAAGUCAGGGUGCAAAGCGUGAUAAUGAAGUCCUCAUCCAGCGUCGGAAAAGUGGAGGAAACACUGUACCAUACCGUAUCAUCGACAAUGCUCUCAAACUCACACCUGAGGAUUGGGACCGAGUGGUUGCAGUGUUUGUUCAAGGUCCAGCCUGGCAGUUUAAGGGAUGGCCCUGGGAUGGUAACCCAACAGAAAUAUUCUCCAAAAUUAAAGCCUUCCACCUGAAAUGGUCAGAGUUACCCUUGGACAACAACGUACGCAAAUGGAAUGUUACAGUGGUAAAUCUUGACCGACACAGGCGCCAUCUGGACCGUGCAAGUCUUCAGGUCGUUUGGGAGGUCCUUGACAAGUUCAUGGCCAAGGAUAAGCCUCAUCUUAGAUUCUGAGCUGCUGAUUUUAUCUCGAAUAGAGAUAACAUGUACAUGAACUGAAUUACUGAAAGUAUUGGCACUCAGCCCUGUGUUUAACCACGCUGAGUGACAGGCUGUGGGCCUAUGAAAUAUGAGUUUACUGACGUUUCUUUUGGAAAGGAUUAAAUUCAAGCAAGUGGACUGAUGUUUCUUCUCUAGGUGGCAGAAAUCAUGUGUUAAAUUCACAUACUUGUCAUUUAAUACUGAAGAGUGGUUGAUUUUUGGGAGAGUUUAAGAUUCAAUAUUACUCGAGGAUCGAUCAGGUCACCAUUUUUUUAAGUUUCCAAAAAUUGUCCAACAGUUAAAUAACACGAAUCUCAAACCUUGCAAAACUGAUCACUAGCACACACAAAAGUCUUUAAAACAUGAGCUCAUAACUUAAACUACAGAAUCCAAGUUCAUACUUGAAUUUACUGUUAAUUUGUCAAUUUCAGGCCUUCUUUUUGAGUGUAUUUCAAAAUAUUGUAACAUCAUGAUCAAACAUUUAGAUUUAAUAUGAACUCAGUUUUACAUAUGAAAUAAAUGUUGCCUUUUUAAAUUUGUAGUAAUCAAAUCCAAAUUUAUAUGUAUGUUAAUGUCUUUCCUGAACUGGUAACUAUAUUAUUAAUCAGCAUUUACUGUUGUUGUUUUUAAUAAAUCAUGUUAAUCUAUUGUGGAUUAAUAAGCUGCAAUAAUGAAAUGAAACGGACAAAUCGAGCAAAUGUGUUUAAUGAUUGUAUAAGAAACCAUACCAUUGCUUAGUAGACCUUGUACCAGGUCACAUUGCCAUGUUUUAGUGCUGGUGGUGUUAAAGGGACUAGACACCAGAUGAUACAAUUGCAAAAAAGGGAAAAUUUUCAAAAAAAAUCAUAAAACGAGAAUCUUACUUUCUGAUAUAUCACAUUGCUUACGACAUAUGCAACUUUUGCAGUAUUUGAUUUUUUUUAAUUCGAAAUUUAUUGGGGUUGUCUUGCACAUAAAUCCCAGUUAAUUUAAAAAUAGCAUCGGUGUAUGUUUCUGUACUGAUCACAUGACUUUCACAUGCUAAAUAUACACUUUAAAAUGGGAAACCAUUAUGCACUUAUUUUAAAUGGGUAAACUCAGCUGAGACUGUGACAAAAUAUUGUAUUAUCGCCCUAAAGCUUGGUAUGUGGAAAUAAUUUAUUCGCCGAUUUUGGGACCAUCUGGUGUCUAGCCCCUUUAAAGCCACAUUUAAAUAUCUGAUGCAAUAAUAACCUGUUUAAUGAGAUACAAUGUUUUCACAUUUAUGUAUAAGAAUACAAUUGUAAACAGAUGAUAUUGUUAUGAAAUGUGUUAAUACAUUUUGUCUGUGUAAUAAUGUGGAAUAAAGUCAUAUUUGUACCAAAGUGCA